UGUUACUUCACUCUAUACAGACAAUGAGAUGGGUUCUCUUCCUUUCAGUCAUGACAACUAUGGAGUAGUAGUAACAACUGGUUGUUCUUCAUCAUCUACAGAGAGUUGUGUGUUCACAUAUUCUGAGAAGAUGGAGGAUGUGAGAGCUGGUUGUUGGGGUUUCCCUAUUAAAGGGAAUGGCAACACUACUACUUGUUUUAGUGAUGUGGUGGAGGUUACUAAGGGCUCCUCUGAAUGCAGCAGUGAUGACAACAUGAAUAUUCACAGUGAAGAGACAAAAGAACAAACAGAUUGUGGGCAUUCAAAGCUUUGUGCAAGGGGACAUUGGAGACCUGCAGAGGAUACCAAGCUCAAGGAACUUGUGGCUCUUUAUGGCCCUCAAAAUUGGAACCUUAUUGCUGAGAAGUUGGAAGGUAGAUCAGGUAAGAGUUGCAGACUGAGAUGGUUCAACCAAUUGGAUCCAAGAAUCAACAGAAGAGCAUUUACAGAGGAGGAAGAAGAAAGGCUAAUGCAAGCUCACAGACUUUAUGGUAACAAAUGGGCAAUGAUUGCUAGACUCUUCCCUGGAAGAACUGAUAAUGCUGUAAAGAACCAUUGGCAUGUCAUAAUGGCUAGGAAAUACAGAGAACAAUCAAGUGCUUAUAGAAGAAGGAAACUCACCCAACCUGUCUGCACAAGGCAUAUGGAGGACAAUCCAACCUCCUCACCCACUAGUACUUAUGACUACCCGCCACACCUGAUGACCUCUUGGGGAGGAACACUAGUCUCAAGCACCAGCUCCCCCCACAAUACGGGAUUUUAUGCACAAUUACAACAAACCCAUUUGGAUUCCUUCACUGGCCCUAAGAGCAAUGAAGCCAUGGAAAUGUUGAGUCAGGGCAGAUCUUGGAAUGAGCCUCACAUUUCUGAUUUUUUCCCCCACAACCCUCCUCCACCUGUGAUGCCAAUGCAACACUCAAAUUACUAUUACUUGUUGAGGGCGCCUGCAGGAGCACCAACUGAUCAUAACAGGCAAGUGUCAGCGAUGCCUGACCCUGAAGCAGCUUCAUCAGCAGCAGCAGAGAACCAGGAGACCAUUAAUCCUCCACCAUUCUUUGACUUUCUUGGGGUAGGUGCCACAUGAAGUUUUUUUUUUUUCCCUGUAAACACCACAGAGAGAGACCAUACUUUGAGGUAUAGUGGAUGGGAUUGGUAUUGUAGUUGGUGAUUAUAAUAUAGAUAAUCUGUAUCAUCUUUGCUCAUGAGCAAUAGUUCUGGUUAAGGUCAGGGUUUCUUGUUUGUUGCCUAAAUUUUAUUUUGGA